UCCUUUUGGCCCACGGGGUUCUCCUCCAAGGUUUCGUGGACCACCACCUAUGAACCGAGGCCCUCCACCACAUGGAAGAGGAGGACCACGGCGACCACCACCUCCAGGUUUUAGAGGGCCACCUCCACAUCCACAUCACUUUGAUCCAAAUUUUCCAAGACAUAUGCCACCACCACCUGCUGGAAUGCCUCCACCUCCAGGAGGAAUGCCACACCCUCCUGGAAUGCCACCACCACCAGGAGGAGGACCUCCUGGAAUGCGGCCUCCUGGUUUACCUCCAAUGAAUGUUCCACCCCCUGGGUACCAGAAUAUGCCAGGAAGUGGACAGUGGACAACCACAGGGGUUGUUCAAGGAAUAGUUUCUACUACAACAGCUACUGCUAACGGUAUUGACUUGACAGGAGAAAUUUGGGUUGAAACAAAAGCAGGUGAUGGCAAGAUAUAUUAUUACAAUGCUAAAACAAGGGAAUCUUCAUGGACUAAGCCAGAAAAUGUGAAAGUCCUAACUCAAGACCAGAUAGAGGCUAUGGCUACUGCUGCUGGGGUAACUACCACAUCUUCAACAACUACAGCUGCUCAAGCUGCUGUAGCACAAGCCCAGAGUGCUUCACUGCAGAAAUUGGGACAAACAGGUACCAUGACAACUACAACUACUACUCAGCCAGUUCCAGAAGUUUCGACUGCAAUGAAUCCUGUGUCCACAGUAAGCACAACUUCUGUAGGUGGUAUGCACCCUCUAACAGGUAUGCCUCCUGUUAACAUGUUCCAGCCACCACCGUUUGGACUUCCACCUCCAUUUAGUGUUCCUCCUGGCAUGCCUCCUCCUGGAAUCAUGCCACCUGGUUUUCCUGGAUUUGGAAUUCCACCACCUGGUUUUCCACCAAUGGCAGUAACACCAGUUUCAGUAACCUCGCCUAUUGUAACAUCAGCAGGAGCCACAGUAACAAAUAAUGAAACGGAAAUUUCACCUUUAGCAGGGGCUGAACAAGGUUCAAUUCCAUCAGAAUCUGGGAUAGUUGAGCCAGACCUCAAGACCAAAGCAGCAGAGUGGACAGAACACAAGACUACUGAUGGCAGAUCUUACUAUUACAACUCCCGCACAAUGCAAUCCACGUGGGAUAAACCACAAGUAUUAUUGGACCUGGAUGAGGCCAUAGCAGCAGAAAAAACUAAUCAAGUCCAACAAUUGGAAGAAGUUGUUGAAAAUGGCAGUAAAGAACCAGAAGACAAUGAAAGUAUGGAAAUACAAGACAGUGCAGCCGAUGAAAAGGAGCAAGAAGAAUUCAAUCUUCAAGAUAAAGAAAAAACUGAGGAAAAGAAAGAAGAAGAGCAACAGAAACAGCAGGACAAAUCUCGUCCUGUUUCUAGUACUCCUGUACCAGGAACUCCUUGGUGUGUUGUGUGGACUGGUGAUGGACGAGUUUUUUUCUUUAAUCCAAGUACUCGCAUGUCUGUUUGGGAAAAACCAGAUGAGCUCAAAGGACGGGAAGAUGUAGAAAAACUGGUUCAAGCCCCACCUAAGCAACCUGAUUCCAUAAAAGUUAACAGUGUGGAAUCUUCAGAUGAUAGUGAACCAGCUGCAAAAAAGAAAAAAGUGGAAACUGAUGUGACUGAGACAACUGUGACACAGAGUCAGGAAAGUAAGGUUACUGAGGACCAGAAUAACAAAAAAACAGGUAGAAUUGACAUUGGGAAAGAGGCUGCUAUUGAAGCAGAACUUAAGGCUGCUAAAGAAAGAGCAGCUGUUCCUCUGGAGAUCAGGAUGAAACAGUUUCGUGAUAUGCUUGCAGAGAAGGAGGUUUCAGCAUUUUCCACAUGGGAGAAGGAGCUACACAAGAUUGUGUUUGACCCACGCUACUUGUUGCUGACUUCUAGGGAGAGAAAGCAGGUUUUUGAGAAGUAUGUGAAAGAACGAGCGGAAGAGGAGCGAAGAGAGAAGAGGAACAAGAUGAAAGAACGUAAAGAUGAUUUCCGUAAAUUAAUGGAGGAAGCAAACUUGACCAGCAAGUCAAUGUUCAGUGACUUUGCACAGAAAUAUGGUAAGGAUGAACGUUUCAAAAAUAUUGAAAAAAUGCGAGAUAGGGAGAUCAUGUUCAAUGAUUACCUACAGGACCUACGAAGGAAGGAGCGUGAGGAAAGAUCCAGCCAGCGUGAAAAGGUUUCAACUGUGCUUCGCACAAGAAAGCCUUUUCAGUCAGGUGCCCUGCCCUACGCCUGUGAAAACUUCCAAUUGUCCUGUUGUCGUGUGCAGUAUUAUGGAAUAGCAAUGCAUUUUGGGUGCCUGUUAGAUUCAUGGUAUUUGCUGUUUUUUUCUCUCCACCGUUUAACUCUACAUGAAUUUCAACUUGAAAGUGAAAAAAGAUUUCCUGGAGCUUUUGAAGGAACAGAAAGAUUUGGAUAAGCAUUCUCGUUGGAGCGACAUCAAAAAGUUGAUUAAUGAUGAUUAUAGAUAUAAAGCUGUUGAAAGCAGUUCACAAAGGGAAGAUUGGUUUAAGGAGUUCAUCAGCAGGCUUU